GAGUACAGAAGCAAAGGGUUAGCUCAGUCAUAAAUAUAGCAUGCAAAUGCUACCCCUUUAUUUACGCUCCUACCUACAGAGAUCUCCAUCCUCCCCCUCCCAUUUUUAAUCAUCACUUCCACCCUUACCUUCUCUCUUAGGCAACUAUUAAACACCUGGUGUUUUUCGCCAUGACCACCAAGAAAUCAGGCAGGAAGAUGAGGGGCUUCAUGUGCCAAUCUACGGCAGCAACUGCUGUGUGCACAUUGAAUGAUCCUCGCUCGGUGAUCGUGCCAAGAAGGCCUGAGAGAACCCUCCAGCAGCUUCUUGAUAAUCCAUCAUCAUCAUCCUCAUCAUCAUCAAGAUUAUUAUUGAAGAAAAGUACUAAUAAUGGUGUUGAGUACUCUAGACUUGUAGAGUCUCCAAUGAGUUUUCUUCCACCUGCAGCUGCUAACAGAUCAUCAUCACUUCUUGUUUCUUCCAUCAAGAAAAAAGAGAUCAAUAAUCAUAAUAACAGCCAAGAAAACAGACCAAAACCUAUGCUGCAGAAUCCAACUUCAAUGGCUUCAUCUGACCAAGUUUUCCAGUGGAAUUGGAAAUUCCACCUCCUUUAAAUAAAAUAUGGAAGAGGAGAGGGAGCUCCUCUCAUUGCGUUUGCUUGGUUGGGUUUCAUGGAACGCAGUCCAAAUAUUCGAUAAAAUGUCCCAAUGAGUAGGGAUUCUGCUGUAGGGUUUAAUGGACCUCGUCCAUUCUCUUCCUCCGUUGUUUUUGGCUUGCAAGCUCAUUUUCCUCCAUGUUAGUGCAUUUGGUUCAAUGGGCACGUUUCUUCAGUCUGCAAUGUUCAAAAGUAGGCUACUAUUGUCAAUGUUCGUUGGUGAAGAAGACAAGAAAUAUAGUUAAAAAAAAUUCCUCAGUUUUAGGAUUAGGAUUCUUUAGCCCUGGAAGUUCCAGUUUUACAUAUCUUGGAAUCUGGUACCAUAAAGUCCGAGAGCAAACUGUGGUGUGGGUAGCAAAUAGGGAUGAUCCAAUCAAUGGUUCCUCGGGAGUUCUAUCAAUUGACCAAUAUUGAAA